GAGACUGCCCACUGAUUGUACCGCUGUACGGUACUACGGGAGGGUCAAACACCACAACCCGGCAUUGUGAGUGAAACUCUUGAUUAAAACACAGCUGUAGUAAUUUUAUAUAAAAAGUUUACAUUAUAGAGAUAAUUAUCAUCAAAUUUUUGGCAGAAAAUUAAAAACGACACGCCGACACUUCGGCUCCAGUCCAGGAGGUGGCAGUAACACAUCUGAAACUGUUUAUGUACCGCUAAAAUCCGAGGAACGAACGAUUAAUGCGCAUGAGCAGUGGAAGAGUACUUUUGCGUGAGCCUGUCGUUGUGUAGUAGAUCAUUAAAAGGACUCUAUUUGGAAGCCACUGACGACUUGAGUUAGUCCAUCAUAUUGCAAAGAUGGAUUUCCAGCAUCGAGCUGGAGGGAAGACGGGCAGCGGUGGGGUGGCAUCGGCCUCCGAGAGUAACCGAGACAGACGGGAACGGUUACGUCAGCUGGCUCUGGAGACCAUCGACAUCAACAAAGACCCCUACUUCAUGAAGAAUCAUUUAGGAUCAUAUGAGUGCAAACUUUGUCUGACACUUCACAACAACGAGGGAAGCUAUUUGGCUCACACACAAGGAAAGAAACAUCAGACCAACUUAGCAAGGAGAGCUGCCAAAGAAGCUAAAGAAGCUCCUGCUCAACCAGCCCCAGCAAAAGUCAAAGUUGAAGUAAAAAAGUUUGUCAAAAUUGGUCGACCGGGAUACAAAGUAACAAAACAGAGGGACCCAGAGACCGGUCAGCAAUCUUUACUUUUCCAGAUUGAUUAUCCAGAGAUUGCUGAAGGAAUCGGACCCAGGCAUCGCUUCAUGUCAGCUUAUGAGCAGCGCAUCGAGCCCCCCGAUCGUCGCUGGCAAUACUUGCUGUUUGCUGCUGAACCAUAUGAAACUAUUGCCUUCAAGGUCCCCAGCAGGGAAAUUGAUAAAGCUGAAUCCCGCUUCUGGACACAUUGGAACAAAGAAACUAAACAGUUCUUUUUACAGUUUCACUUCAAAAUGGAGAAAGCUAUUCCCCAGUCCACUGGUCCAAUGCCUCCUUCAGGCGUGAAGCACCCCCCGCCUCUUAUGAGCGGAGGACCUCGUUCAGUAAAUGAUUCUCUGCCCCCUCCCCCACCGGGAGGCAUGCCUGUCCCCCCUCUCCCACCUGGGGCUCCAGGUACCCAUCAGAUGCCCCAUCAGAUGCCCAUGCCUCCUAUGCCAAUGAGACCACCCCCCCCAGAGGCCCUUAUGUCUAAUAACUGAUUUCUUACCAUUGAUUAGUUAUUCCUUUGUUAUACUCUCCAGUGUCCACCUGAUUUGUAAUAUUUUAGAUAUAUUUGGGUGAAUUUUAUACAUUUGUCUGGUAAAUCAGGCUGGAUGUCAGAAAAACAAUACCAUGGUUAAUCAUUUAAAGUUAAUUUUUGUUUUUUUUUUGUUUUUUUUUAAUAAAUACAGAAGUGAAAGAGAAACCAA